UCGAUAGUCUGUGGGCCGUAUGGUGGUAAUGUUAUCAUUGAAUGGCCAAUAAUAAUAGUCUGUUACGGUACAUAUAUACAGUGUGGGGAGCAAACCCUUUCUGUUACGGAUGAAUCUAGUUCUCUUGACUUGAGUCUUGACUGAUCCCCUAUGCCGCGUGAAUUGAGCUCCUGGCGAUUAAAUACCGGGGUGAUCAGUAACGGUUACGACGUAACUUGCUGUCAGGUGAGGCUAUGUCGCUGAGAGACUUUGAGAAGUAUGAGGAGACCUCGGACAAGAAAAGGAAGAAAGUAAGGGAGUAUUUUGAUAGCAUUCGUAUUGAAGGCGAUUCCCAGGAGCUGGUGAACAAGCUGUACUUGGAAAAGCCGAAAGAUGUCAACGGAUAUGCGACCGAGUUCUUCUCCAGAAGAGCCCACGCGCCCACCGUCACCAAAUGUGUCAUUAGAUCUGGAUGGUCGGUGAAUGCCACGCCAGGUGUAGUAGCAGAGCUCUAUGGCAUUCUAAAUGGCGUACCAAGAAGACUCGCUGUGAGUGCUGCUGUGCGGACACAAGAUUCAGUAUCACUCCGUGAAGCCAACAGCAAAGUGCAUGAAGCACCCACACAGGGCAAGCAAAACGGUCGGAAGAAGGCAACUUCUUCACAGGCAUCAAUUUCCAGCAAAACAGACAAUGACGCCAGCAGCACAUCAUUAGACACUUCUAGAGGCGGCCGCCAUGAUCUCACCCCACAAGAACAAAGCGAGAAGAUUACAUCUCUCCUUGGAGGAGAUAGAGUGUGGCACAUCUCACUGCCAUGCCAUAAGCUAAUGAAUGGGCCAAUAUCACAGGACAUCAAGUACUCGGUUGAUGUUCUUCGACAGAACACUCCAUUCUCAAGUGACCUACCCUUUGCCAGUACUAUGGCUACAUCCCUUGCACUACUCUCAGCAUCAACGUUCACGCGAAAGCGACCAUCUGUUGUGUGCUUCAUUGAACAAGUGAAGGAAAUCAAGGCUAGCAUGUAUACUAUGCCAUUUCUAGUGAUACCCAUGCUAUCCUGCGGACCUGGUAUAUCUAGUGGCAAGUUGAAGUGGCAAGAAUUUUCGCUAGUUCCAAACACAAGCCAUUCCAUUGGACAGGUUGUUGAGAACAUCCAAGCUGUACAUCAGUGCAUCAGAACAGCUCUGGCAGAGAAAAGUGGAGCAAGUGCUACCGGUCAGUUGCCAGGGCUGGGUACAUUCCUGCCGAGUCUGGACAAGCCUGAACAAGCAAUGGAGUUAUUGCAAACGUCAGCUACUGAUGCUGGUUUGGAACUGGGCAGUGACUUUGACGUGUGUGUCACUGUUGCAGGAGGCAACAUGUAUGAUUCGGUCAAGAACAAGUAUGAGCUAUGGCCGGGUCAGCAGAAGUCACCCGCUGAUACAGUGGAGCAGUUAGCUACUUUUCUAGGCAACUGGCCAGCCGUGAAGAUGUUGAUUGACCCAUUGCACAAAGGGGGUUACGAGGAUUGGCAGAACUUACAACAGAAGGUUGGACAGCAGUGUGUCCUGAUAGGGAGUGACAUACUGGCCCCUGACACGACAAGUGACCACGGCACACAAUGCAUCUUGAAACAGCAGGCGACCAAUGCUGAUACGACAUUAGCGGAGACUGAAGCAUGCAAAGAAGGGGGCAAGAAGCUGAGUACAUGGCAAAAGGUUCAGCAAUGGAAGCAUCAAGCUAGCAACACAAUACUCUGGCCACCAAGUCUAUCGUUUUCACCGACAGUCAGUCACCUGCUAUGUCAGCUGCAAGAACUAGGAGAGAAAGGCGGCGUGAUGUUUUCAUUCACUGGUCUGGAAACACAAAGUGAAUUGCUGCUAGACGUCGCAAUCGUGUCACAGUGUCAGUACUUGCGCUUGCCAUCGCCAGUGCUGAGUCCAGUCCUGUAUGAUCACUUGUUAGAAAUACACCAGGAACUGCAGCGCUUCAGCAAGCUCAAUCCACAGCCAGCACAGCACUGCUUCAGCACACCAAAAACAGAAGAACCACCAGCGGAGGGCUUGGAACGAGCAGACAUGGACAACUGCCAGGCGAAUAGUGAGACCGAUGGAUAACACUGAUAAAGAGAGAGAGUCACAUGCCCGGAUACCAGGAUAGAGGAGUCAAGCAACUUGUAUGAACCCACAAGUGAAGUGACAUGGAGCACCAGUACAUGCAUGCAACAGCCAGGAUCAGGAGAUAUACUGAGAUAGUGCAAAUACUGCCAUGCAUGUUUCCCCUACAGCAUUGCACAACUAAAGAGUGCUGUUCAUAGUAUUGAGCAGUGAGUGCUAAUACUCUGUUUUCCUAACUACUCAGUACUUGCUUUCACCUGUGUCCUGACUAUUUCACUAACCCAUACUUCUGUACUAGUAUUUGAAGGAUAAUCUUGUAUUGUUGAUCAUACGUUAAACACAAAUUUACAUUGUGGACUUGUUUUCUAGCAACAGUAGUGGUGAAGAAGA